GAGUCGCCAUGCCGUGAUCCGUGCGUGCGCUUUCCGAACCUCGAUCAUAUACAGAAGCGGAGUGCAGGAGAGAAAGAGCGCGCCAAUUUUUUGCUCGCAUUUCUAGUGUGCCUGCAGAGUGCCGUGCGCGAUCGGCCAGCAGUGUGCUCUUGUGUUGGUUUUUGUUCGUUCUCGUUGUUGUUGUCGCCGCUGUUUUUUGUGCUUAAUGACUCGUGAAGUGCUCGGCAGAAUGGAAACGAUUAUAUCACGAGCGAUGGAAAACCUUUUGCAAUAAUAGUUGUUUGUUUUGGUGUGUUACGUUCAACGAGAGUAUCGCAGUGGUGGCAGAGACGCUAAAAAUCGACUGACAUGCGAAAUAAAGCAAUGCGGCUGACACCGCUGCUGCCGCUGCUGCUGCUGUCGCUGCUCGCGAUCGCUCCGAUGUCGCUGGCGGCUCCCGCAGGAAUGCCCUCGGCGGAUCAGUGCGAUUGGACUGGCAGUGGAGGCGGAGGCAAAGGAGUGCGACCGGUAUACCUGCGCUGCUCCAGAGGCAGCGUAUCCUGGCGAUAUCCUCGAGGAGCUCUGCGGGUCGUUCUGAUUUCGGGCGCCGCCGAGGGUGAAAAUCUGCGAGGCUGCAUCAAGUCGUCCGGUCCAGCCCGGGUCUACCUCGAAGGCAAGACGAGCCUGAAGCUGCUCUACUCGCCAGGGGAUGGCAAGCACGAGUCGUUGCAUCGCUGCUUCAGAACGCGAGGUCCAGUGGCGGCGCUCUACGUAGAAGCCGACGUGCAGGACCAGGGCAGCGAGUCCGGAGCCCCACCCGGGGUGCAUCUGCACUACGAUCUGGAGACCCAGCUGCUCGCCGACCCGGAGGAGGCCGAAUGUCGACCCUGCAGCAAGGAGGAGCUGGCCAAGGCCUUCUGUCAGAGCGACCUCGUGGCACGGGGAACCGUUAGCGCCGUCGAGCGCCGUCCCGAGCUCGAGAGUGCCGAGAUUUUACUAAGGGUUACCAAGACGCUGAGACGCGUCGAGGAGAACGAGGAGAACGAGAUAGACUCUGGCGAUGCUCGGUUUACGAGAGAAACGCGCAUCAGAGUGCCGACCGUUUGUGAUGCUCGCCAUGGUCAAGGCGAAUUCGUGAUAAUGGCCAAGAAGCGAUUGGGUGAUCUCACGCUGUCCUGCGCCCCGAGAUUGGAGGAAUGGGCCAAAGCCGUGCGAGAGCUGGAGAGCGCACCCUGCGUGCUCAGGAGUUAGCCGAAGCUAUCGUCGGUUUACGAACGACUGCUCUACGCUUGGCUAGAUUAAACGUCAGUGAACGAUUGAGUCUUUCCCGCGCCAACGUUCUCCGGAGCUCGCGGAAUUUCCGCCUCGAUUAGAAGCCCGAUUUUCGCCUUACUCGGCUGCGACUUACGUUCAAUGUUGCAAUCGUUCCGUGCGACUAACUGCACGCCUACGAUUUGAGCGCAACCUGUAAAUAUUACUGGAUGUACUUCGAAAAUAAGACAUCGAUCUCCGAACUGUGAUAUUAUUGUAUUAUCAGAGAGUUUAAUUUAUGAAACCGGAUUUAUUAUCGUUUAUGAAUGAAAUAUAAUUAUAUACAAUGAAUAUCAAACGUGUUUUUAGAUUAUAAUUUUAUGGGUCUACAAACGACCCACCGGGAUGUGAUGUAAAAAUGAUAAAUGUAAAGUUUUUAUAAAAUUUUUAUUGAAUAUAGCUUUAUUAAUAAAUGCUCAUUUUCUUGUAAAACAGUGUUUCAUUAAAAAA